AUUCAGUCCAGUACGUGGUUGACUCUGGUGGCGUUCGGUUUGCAAUUUAAGAGCACAAGUGUGAAGACGCACGUUCGGUAUUCGAGAGUGGUGUGACUGCAGAUCAGUGGCAAGCAAAAAAAUCUGCAUAUAAUAUAUAUACACAUGUACGUACAUACAUACGCAUGUACGCAGCACAUGUAUAACUUAGAAAAAUUAUAAAUUAAAUUAAAUAAGAAAAUUUGCAAACCGUGUGUGUGAUUGCGUUGUUAUCAAAAUAAAGUGGAAGUAUAAUUCGAGUAUUAUUAAAUAAUAAAAGUGUUACAAAAAGAUUAAUUUAAACAAAAACAUGCUACGUCAUCUGAGCAAACAACAAUCAAAGGCGGGUGCAUCCUCGUAUCUGCUGUAUCAAUGGCAGCAGCGCUGUUGCUAUCAUAGUGAAAAGGGUGUCUUUGGCUAUCGACCUCAAAAGCAGCGAGAAUUUAAAGUACCGGAUGAGGUGGUACAGUCCAGAUAUGCCCAAGGUAAUGUGUACCGUUGGGUGGAAGCUUAUCGCAAAUAUGGCCACAAAUUGGCAGCAGUAAAUCCCAUCAGCAUUAAAAGUCAACAAAGCACACUGGACGAAUUAAAUCCUGCAUUUUAUGGUCUUCAAAGUAAUGAGUCGGUGAAACCACAGGGUCUAUUCAAUGCACCGGAAUUGGCUAGUCACACGCCAACCGUGGAGGAAUUGGAAAGAGUACUUAAGCAAAUUUACUGUGGCACGGCAGUUAGUGCUGAAUUUGGAUAUGUCGAGAAUCUAGAGGAGCGCGAAUGGUUGGCCACGCAAUUCGAGCAGCUUCAUACGCCACAAUAUCAACAGCUACUUAGCAACGACUAUCGCAAAAAGAUUGCGGAAUUGCUAAUUAAGUCUCAGGCAUGGGAUAAUUUUAUGGCAACCAAAUUUCCAACUGUCAAACGCUAUGGCGGCGAGGGUGCCGAAAGUUUAUUGGCAUUCUUUUGGCAAUUACUGCGUAAUAGUGCACAAGAUGAUCUCAAAAAUAUUGUUGUUGCAAUGCCACAUCGUGGUCGAACAUCGUUGCAAACCAUUCUCCUGAAUAUGAGGCCGGCAAAAGUUUUCCACAAACUCAGUGGUGAAUCGGAAUUUCCAGAUGGUUGCCUUGCCAUGUCAGAUGUAAUAAGUCAUUUUCAUAUUUCCGAUGAUAUUAAGGUGGAUGAUAAGACCAUACGUUUUAGCAUGGUGAGGAAUCCCUCACACUUGGAGGCGGCCAAUCCCGUGUCUAUGGGCAAGGCUCGCUCCAAACAACAGACCCUUAAAGAUGGUGCCUUCAGUGAUGAUCCUGAGAAACGAUUUGCCUCGACUGUGCUCAAUGUCAUCUUGCAUGGUGAUGCUGCCUUUGCCGGUCAAGGCAUUAAUCAGGAAUGUUUAAAUAUGGCUUAUGUACCGCACUUUGAAGUGGGCGGUAGUAUUCAUUUAAUCGUAAACAAUCAGGUGGGUUUUACCACUCCUGGCGAUAGAGGCCGUUCCACAGACUACACUUCAGAUUUGGCUAAAACAAUUCAAUGUCCCGUUUUCCAUGUAAAUGGUGAUGAUCCUGAAAUGCUUGCCCUAGUCACCAAAUUGGCUUUUGACUAUCAACGCCAAUUCCGCAAGGAUAUUUUCAUUGAUCUGAAUUGCUUCCGCCGUUGGGGUCAUAAUGAAUUGGAUGACCCUACCUUUACAAAUCCUAAAGUCUAUGGUAUUGUCAAUAAUCGCAAAUCUGUUCCCGAUAUGUAUUCUGAAAAAUUAGUCAAUGAAUCUGUAUUAAGCCCAGAAGAAGCUGCUAAAAUUCGUUCUGAAUAUAUGGAUUAUCUAAAUCAAGAGCUAUUAGCGGUGCCUAAAUACAAACCGGAGACUUCAUACUUUCAAAAACAAUGGCAACACAUAACCACUGCCUCCAAUGAUCAUUUAACCUAUUGGGAUACCGGAGUUGAUUAUGGCCUGCUCAACUACAUUGGCCAACAGAGUGUGACAUAUCCCGAAGAUUUUAAUAUUCAUCCCCACCUGAAGAAGACCUAUGUCGAUGCCAGACGUAAAAAACUCAAUGCUGGUGAGAAAAUUGAUUGGGCCACCGCUGAGGCUAUGGCCAUUGGCAGCCUCAUGUAUCAGGGCUACAAUGUACGCAUUAGUGGUGAGGAUGUUGGCCGUGGCACUUUCUCUCAUCGCCAUGUCAUGUUAGUGGAUCAAGAGAACAAUGAAAUGUACAUUCCACUGAAUGACAUGAAAGAAGGCAAUGGUGGCAAAUUGGAGGUGGCCCACAGUAUUUUAUCGGAAGAGGCUGUUUUGGCUUAUGAAUAUGGCAUGGCCAUUGAUAAUCCCGACAAUCUCAUAAUAUGGGAGGCACAAUUCGGAGAUUUUGCCAAUGGUGCUCAAAUCAUUAUUGAUAAUUUUAUUAUAUCGGGAGAAACAAAAUGGAUGGAUUCCAAUGGCUUAGUCAUUCUCCUACCCCAUGGCUAUGAUGGUGCCGCCUCCGAACAUAGUUCCUGCCGCAUUGAACGUUUCCUUCAGCUAUGCGAUUCCAAGGAAUCUACACCGGACAGCGAUAACAUCAAUGUACAAGUUGUUAAUCCCACAACACCUGCCCAAUAUUUCCAUGUGCUACGCAGACAAAUGGUGCGAAACUAUCGUAAACCUUUGAUUGUUGUGGCACCAAAAAUCCUCUUACGUUUAUCGGCUGCCACUUCGGGUUUUCGAGAUUUCGAGGCUGGUACACAAUUUCAAAAUAUCUUAGGUGAUGCCACACCACAACCGGAUGCCAUUAAAAGGGUAAUUUUAUGUUCGGGCAAACACUAUUAUGCCUUGGCCGAUGAGAGGCAAGCAAAGAAUUUACAGGACACUGCCAUAGUGCGUUUGGAGUCGCUGUGUCCCUUCCCUGCCUACGAAUUGCAAAAGGAAAUGCUGAAAUAUAAAAAUGCCAAAACUUUUGUUUGGGCCCAAGAGGAACAUCGCAAUAUGGGUGCCUGGACUUUUGUUAAGCCACGCUUUGAACACCUCAUUGGAAAGGAGCUUGUUUACUGUGGACGUGUUGAAGCGCCAACAUCUGCAACUGGCAUUGGAAAAGUGCAUAAACGCGAAGUCGAAGAAAUUCUACAAAGACCCUUUCAACUGUAAUGCCAAGAUAGACCACCACAACACAGUAACGAUGCCGCAAACAACGAACAGCCAUCAGCCAACCACAAGGAACAUGGGAGAGAAUAUAUGAAUACCAAAACAGGCAACAGGAUUCGCUGCCAGCUGACCAACACAGCCAGCAUUUAAAAAACCCAGUUAGGCAUUGAGUCAUUCAGCUUGCUAACAAACCAUCCAGCCCAGCCACCCAGCCAACCAGUCAUCAACAAGCAUAACAUGCCACACGCACGUUGUGCCACACGCCAACACUCUCUCUUCCAGAUGUGGCUUCCUUUAAUGGCUACAUCCUUGCGGGCAACAUUGCUAAACGGAAAUUUAAUAAAUAAAAAAGGAGUGCAGGAAGACAAACCAAAAAAAAAAAAAACAUGUAAAUAUAUGGCCAGCUAAAGAUAUGUAUCAUAAGACACACUUCCAUACAAAUACACACACACUCCAUUCUGCUGAUCAACUCUAGCCAACACGUAGCGUUAACCAGGAAACGGAUGUGACCCUGACAUUGGUCCCAAAAUGAGUAAAAACGAAUCUAGUGCUGGUGGUCGCUGGAUGGUUAACUGGCUGGCUGGUUGGUGCUGCUAUUCAGUCCGGCAUUGUUUGUACAAACCUCUCGUCCUCUCCCUGCUCUUUCUGCUUCUGCUACUGUUUCUAUAAAAAUAUAAUAAUUUUUUAAUAGCUUCUUUUAUGAUUUUGUAUUACUUCGUGACCGUAAAGUAUACGCCGGAAGUGAGACUUAACUUGUCUGUUUUGCAACAAUCAUCCGUUCUAGAAACAUCCGUUCUCCUACACUGUUUGACAGCCACACUCACACACAGCUUGCAGGAAGUGUAUACAUUAAUUUAAUAACAAUGUUGUUCAAUUUUAAGAAAAUUGUGCAUAAUUAAAAAAUAAAUUUAUUAAAUUGGUACAAAUUA